AUGUGUUUCGAUCAUUUUCCAUUUGAUUUUGGUUUUAUCUUCGUGCCUCCUCGUCAAAAAACGAAUGAUCAAAAAUAUCAAUGUGAAAUUUACACCCCUCCGCUUCUACUAGGGCUAAAGAAGAAAAUAACAGUAAAAACAGAUGAUUGGCAUCAUAUUGCCUAUAUUUAUUCAGAUUUUACAAGUUUAGCUGAUACUUAUUUAGAUAGUCAGAAAUGUCUUAGUGGUAUUCUCCCUGAAAAAGUUCACCCAUUCUUUUUUAUGGCAAUUGAAGUGAAGCGUCAACAAAAUGCAAGUUUAGCUGAGAUUGGUGCUUGGAAGAGAGCUCUGGAACCCGUCGAAGUGCAGUCAAUUUAUCGACAAAAGACGUCGCUUGGUAAAAUCGAUUUGGCUAAAGGAGUUUUGGAACGUAUUAGUCAAAUGUGA